AUGGCAGAAGCGAUUGUUUCGGUGAUCUUGGAGCAGCUGGCGGCAAUCACAAUCGAUAAAGCACGUGAAGCCUGGAGUCUAGCGAGAGGUGCUGAGGAUGAGGUCAAGAGGCUUGAAAGCAACUUCAAAGCACUCCAGUUGGAGCUUGAAGAUGCUGAAGAAAGAGAAUAUCAGGACAAGCGGGUGAAACACUGGUUAGACAAGUUCAGAGAUGUUUCUUAUGACAUGGAGGAUGUAUUAGAUGACUGGGAAGCUGCAGUCCGGCAGUUGCAGAGAGAGGGGCGUUCAGUUCGAAAAUGGAAGGUAUGUCCCUUUGUUUCAUGCUUUUCUUCUGGUUCCCAAUCUGUUAUGCGUUAUGGUAUUGCUACCAAAAUAAAGGGAAUCAAUGAACAAUUAGACCAGAUUGUUAAUGACAAAGUUAGGUUUGAGUUGAUAAAAAAGGAGAAUAAGGAACACAAGCGGCCACUAGAGACCACUUCUUUUGCGGAUGUUUCGGAGUUGGUUGGUCGAGAUGCAGUAAAAGAAGACAUAAUAAGGAUUUUGCUAUGUGAGGAAAGGUGUCGGAAUGUUCCUAUCAUUACUGUAGUGGGGAUGGGAGGGACUGGGAAAACAGCUCUAGCUCAAUUAGUCUAUAAUGAUUCUAGGAUUCAGACUCAUUUCAGCAAAACAAUAUGGGUUUGUGCCUCGGAACCCUUCGAUCAAAGCCAAAUUGCACGUGCGAUUCUAGCAGACCUUGACAUUGAUGCAUUCGUAUCCCUCAAUACUCCAACGCUACAAAAUGUUUUACGUAUAAUCACUGAAAAGCUUAAAGCAGUGAAAUUCCUUUUUGUUUUUGAUGAUGUGUGGACGGAUGAUGAUCGAGAAUGGCAACCAUUGAAAGCCGUUUUUAAAUACGGGAUGCCUGGAAGUUGGGAUUUUAGUUACAACUCGUAA